AUGUCAACUCUCCCAUCACCGCCUGAUGGCGUAGAUCUUACGGCUGACAAGAGGCCAAUGGUCAUCGGGGCGUCGGUCGCCACCUGGCUUCUCGCAGUGUUUGCCGUUCUGCUUCGCAUCAUCAGUCGGAGGAUCAAGGGCCUCAAUUUGUGGUACGAUGACUGGCUUGUUGUAGCCGCCUUGAUUCCGGCGGUCGUCCACGUCUCUGGGGUGGCAGGAUAUGCUGUGAGUCGAGGGGUUGGUCAACAUGUCUGGGUAGCAAGCCCAGAAGGCACAUACGCCUGGGCGAUAGGGCUGUUCAUCGGCGAGAUUUGCUACACCCUGACGCUGCUUCUUGUCAAGCUUGCCAUCCUUGCUUUUUACUGGAGGUCCUUUAGCAUCAAAAGAUCGGUUAAGAUGAUUAUUUGGGUUCUUGUCGCGACAACCUCUGGUUGGGCUUUCAGUUUGCUCGUCGCAACGUUUUGUCAAUGCCUACCGACCCGCGCGUUUUGGGAGCGUUUCAACCCCUACAACCCCCUCCCGCCCUCCGAAUACCACUGCGGCGUCGACUCGUUACCAUUCUUUAUUGGGAAUGCCAUUCCCAACAUCGUGACGGACAUCGUCAUGAUCAUUCUGCCGAUUCCUUAUAUCUGGUCCUUGCAGUUACCAGUCCAACAAAAGUUGGCCUUGGGAGGUGUUUUCGUUGUUGGUAUCUUUGUUACGGUUGUUUCCCUGGUACGAUUGAUACAGGUCAUAAAUCUUGAUCUAACAAAUGUGGACAUCACUUGGAAUUUUGCCAGUGUUGGAACGUGGACAAUUGUCGAAGGCAAUGUCGCCAUUCUAUGCGCCUGUCUCCCCUUCCUCAAACCAAUCAUCAACAAGAUUACAUAUGGCAGAUUCGGUUCAACCGCUGAUAAGAGUGUCAAUACUAAAGGCAGCUCAAAGCCAGGGCAACCAAGGCAAGCCAGUGGUGCAUGGGGAAUGGACAAGAACUACGGCAGCUCGACAACCUAUGUUAGGUCAAACAAAACGGACGAACGGCCCUUCACGAGGCUUGAUGGCGACGAAUCAGAUCAGGGUACUUCCGGAAGAUCGAAUACGGAUAUGGAACUACAGGAUAUACGACACGCAGACGGGUCCCCGGAUGGCAUUGUAGUGGUAAGGGAUGUGAUAAUGGAGGCCGAGCAUAAUCCCAAAAGCGUGUAUUAG